AUGUUGUCUAAAGUGAUGUCAUCUUUUGAUGAGGCAAAAAAGGAAAUUGAUACGCUUAGGAAUACGGUACGUGGGUUGGAGGAGAAGAAUGGGGACUUGCGCGUGAAAAGUGAGGAAAUGAAAGAUGCUUAUACAGUGUCUGAAGCGGGAUAUCGUGAGGAGAGGCGCUCGUUGUUGGGAGAGUUGUCUGUGCUGCGCUCCCGCUGUCUUGCGCUAGAGCAGGAAUUGGGGAGUGCUAAGGAGCUUUCACGUGAGAAAGCGGUUAAGGCUAAUAGUCUGCUGCAGCAGCUUGCGGAGGCAAGGUCGGGGGUAGCUAAUGUGGUAUAUUCACAUGGUGCGAAGCUGAUGAGGAUUUCAGUGGGAUUGGAAGAGUCAGUGCUUUGUCUGCGUGAUGUUGUGGUGGCAGAGUUGAAGCGUGCGGCCCGUGGGACGGUGGUGGUGGACGAGGAGGGACAAUGCGUCGUGCAGCUAGCGCGCGAGCUGUGCAGCGUUAUUGAUCAUACGGCUGAUCUUUCCUUGCGGCUGACGCAGCGGCAGAGACAGUUGACGCAGCUUCUUAACCAGGUGGCGGCAAAGCAGGGUGUGGCGUUGCGGAAGAUUCAGCAGUGUUUGUUGGGAUCUGUUGCCUUGAGAAAGGCGGACGCCGCCAUCCUGGAGGCGUGCCUUCUGCUGUUUAACGACGUCGAGGGCGCCCUUAGCGCGGCGGUGGACACGGUGGCCGAAGACGUCGCCAGGCCGGCAUCAGUGUCGCCAGUGCAAGGCGAGCGGGAGGCAUUGCUGCAACAUGCCCUUCGUCGAGCGCAGAAUCGCGUUUGUGAUACCACCUCGUCGUCCGAGGGCCAUACUCUGCGGCCGGGUUGGGGGACGGCGGCAACACCAGUCAAGGACAGAGGUGCCUCGCCGGGAGUAAUGCCUUGCAGUGAAAGGAGGCCACCCGCUCCCGUCUCUCGAGGACAUGCGUCGAUGGCUUCCACAACGAGGGGCUCCCCGCACACCUCCUCCCGAGUGCCGUUGGAGCGGCAGUCAAAGUUUGACGUUGGCCACGGUGGUGAAGACCCCUUUGGUUGCGCUGUGGCCACAUUGUCGGCUCAAGAAAAACAGUAUGCUCGAAGGCAGCACUCCAUGCCUCUGAAGCGAUGGGUGGCACCUGGCAAGGCGGGCGCCACAACACGCGGCGGAAUGUGA